AUGGGUAGAAAAAAAGCACAUCCAAUAUGCAGCGAUCCAGAAUAUUCAACACAGUUAUGGGAAAAUUACUUGGAGAUCACGGCGGUGCUGGAAAAGGUUAAACGACUAGAGGACAUGAAGAUCAGCGGGACAUCCAAGCGUUCAGUAGCAAUUGAACAGUUCCUAAAAUGGUUGCAAGAAAACGGAGCGAAUUACGAGGGGACGAGCAUCGUCGAGUUCCCGGGUUACGAGCUGGGAUUGAAAGCUGGGAAGAACUUCAGCGCAAAUGAUUUGCUACUGCAAAUACCUGGAAAAAUAAUCUUCAGCUGCGAGACAGCAGCACCUGAGCUCGCGGCUCUGCAGAAUGAUCCACUGAUCCAGCACAUGCCUCAGGUGGCUCUGGCCAUCGCUCUGCUUAUCGAGAGACACAAGGACAACUCCAAGUGGAAGCCUUACUUGAAUAUUUUGCCUAGUAAUUAUUGUACUGUCUUGUAUAUGACCACCAAUGAUAUGAUUGAGUUGAAAGGCAGUCCUACUUUAGAAGUUGCAUUGAAACAUUGCCGAAACAUCGCGCGACAAUACUCCUACUUCAACCAACUCUUCAACAACAACAGCAACCCAGUCUCCGAGCUCCUCCGAGAAGUUUUCACCUACGAAGAAUACUGGUAA